AUUAUAGGAUCUAGUGUUACUCGAUUCAGGAUGAGGCACAAAGGAGUGGCCUAGAUGUUACACUUUAAAAGAAAAAGUCAAUAAACAAACACCUGCUUCAACAAACUGUUCAAAGAUAGUAUCUGUCGCCUGCUUUUUCCUCUUUGAGAGUUUGUGUAUGUGAAGACAAACAGAAGUGCUCGUAUUUUGAUCUUUAGAUCUAAAAAAAGCUGCCGUGAUACUUCCUACAGUUGUGUAGAUGGAACUGCCGUUCUCUGGCUUUGAGCUGACCUUCAUCAUCAUUGCCUUCAUCGUCUUCUCGCUCUUCAGCUUGGCUUCAGUCUGCAUCCAACCAGAAGCAACACAUCCAGAUAGAGAGAGAGAGAGAGAGCGAGAGAGAGAGGAGAGAGAGAAGAGCGAGAGA